UUGCGAUUAAGGUCGGUUUGGUUUGAUCCGCGUCUCCCCUCCUGUUCCCUCUAGUGAUGGUAGUUGCUAUGAGGAGAAGGUCAAAUUACUCCGCACGUUUGCCACUGUACAUUCAACUAUGAUGAACGAGUAAAGAAGAAUUAGGAAGAGAAUACAUUUUAAACACCUUGAAGAGAAGCGGGUCAUGGUAUAAGCUUUCGUCUGAAAGUUCAGACUGAAGAAAGACCAACCACUUCCUGCACCCAGCUCCCCCAGACAUCAAGCACGCUGGAGAAACAAGACUUCAUCAACAUGUUCAGCACCAAAAGGCUGAAGAAGAAGUCCCAGUCGGUGGACAUCACCAGCCAGGGCUUUUCUCCGACGCUGAUGCCAGCCUCGCCGCUCAACAGGACGGCGGCCCCCGUCGCCAAGACGACCACUUUUGCUGUGCAGGAGCACAACGCCAACAACUCCCAGAGACGCGCCCCGCGCUGCGCCGAGCUGAAGAGAGGAUACACCAUAGAUACCGGCCAGAAGAAGACCCCAGAGAGGAAGGAUGGGAGGCGCAUGUCCUUCCAGAGACCCAAGGGGACCAUCGAAUACACUGUGGAGUCGCGGGACACGUUGAACAGCAUUGCGCUCAAGUUUGACACGACACCCAACGAGCUGGUUCAGCUGAACAAGCUGUUCUCCAGAGCAGUGGUGCCUGGCCAGGUUCUGUACGUUCCUGAUCCUGAGUACAUAUCCAGUGUGGGAAGUUCCCCCUCCCUCAGUCCCGUCAGCCCUCUGUCUCCCACCUCCUCAGAAGCUGACUUAGAGAAGGUGACGGACUCCGAUGGCCCCUCCAGGCCCGAGGCUCACCCCCCGGUCUUCUCCGCCCUGCGCCACUCCCGCGUGGUCUCGUCCACCUCCGAGGAGGAAGAAGCCCUCACGGAGAAGUUCCUGAAGAUCAACUGCAAGUACAUCACAGACGGCAAGGGUGCAGUGAGCGGCGUGCUCCUGGUGACGCCCAACAACAUCAUGUUCGACCCCCACAGGAUGGACCCCCUGGUGCAAGCCCACGGCUGCGAGGACUACGGCAUCAUGUGCCCCCUGGACGAGGUCAUGUCCGCCGCCAUCUACAAGGAGGUCACCGACCGCAAGGUCCGAGAGGCCGUACCCCUAAACCUGGAGCCACUCACGUCCACCUCAGGUCCUCCUCAGGCGGAGCCACGUCCGGGGGAACCAGGAAAUACCGGCGGCAGCACCGUCCACCGCAGCAUUGAGGGCUCCCUGUCAGAGGACGUGUUCACCGAGCCGGACCUGUCCCCCAUCCGGGAGGAGCAGGCCUCCUCGGAGGACCUGCGCCUGGACAAGUCCUCCGGAGCCUCCACAGAGUCCGUCCAGACCGUCACCCAGCUGGAGGCGUCGUGCUCCAGCCCAGGCCAGGGGGCGUCUGCCUCCAGCACACCCCAGGCCCCGGGUAGCGCCCGUGGGUCAGUCAGCCAGCCUGAGGGCACUGCCUGCGCUACCGCUGCAGGGGACAAUCCAGACAGCCACACUGCCACACCCAGCCAGGCCCCUCAGGGCCUCCAGCAGAACAGUGUAGAGAAGCCACUCAGCACAGCCACCAGCAGCACCAGUCAGGGACCUGCCAGGCCCUCUCGCCCCACCUCCCAAAGCUCCACUGCGGGCACCCAGGAGCCCACGCAAGGCCCGGUCGGGGAGGGCCCCCGGAGGGCCUCGCAGGCGGACGAGGAGGAGCGGGGGAAGAGUCCCACUAUGCAACAAGGCCUGGAGCAGGGAGGGGACAUACAGCAGGGUCAGAAGGAGGAGGCGGAGGAGGACCAGCAGGGCUUAGCUGAAGUAUCUGUAGGGAGGCGGAGGCACCGGACCCACAAGUUCCUGUGUCUGCGAGUUGGCAAACCCAUGAAGAAGACGUUCCUGUCCAACGCCAGUGCCUCUAUGCAACAGUAUGCACAGAGGGACAAAAAGCACGAGUACUGGUUUGCAGUGCCACAGGAAAGGUCAGACCACCUGUAUGUGUUCUUCAUCCAGUGGAGUCCAGACAUGUAUGGGGAGGGUAUGGGAGGAGCAGGGGGGGAGCCAGGCUUCAUGGUCGUGAAGAAGAACGAAGACUGUGAGACUAGAGAAGAAGAAUCCAUUACCGACUUCAAUGUUAAAGAGUGGGAGGUCGUGUCUCUGACUGAGUACCACCGCCGGAUCGAUGCGCUAAACAGCGAAGAUCUGCGCUCUCUCUGCAAGCGGCUCCAGAUAACCACCAAGGAGGAGGUGAACUCCAAGCAUGGCACGUCCAUCAAGACGGAGCUGGAGCCAGAGACCUUCAGACCCAACCUCAGCGAACCCAGUGACCUCCUGGAGGCCGAGCAGAUAGAGAAGCUCGCCAAGAACCUCCCUCCCCGUACCGUGGGGUACGCGUGGACGCUGGCGUUCGGCACGUCGAAGCACGGCAUGAGCAUUAAGAGCCUGUACCGGGCCAUGCAGGGACAGGACACCCCCGUGCUCAUGGUCAUCAAGGACAGCGACGGGCAGGUGUUCGGAGCGCUGGCCUCGGAGCCGUUCAAGGUCAGCGAGGGGUUCUACGGAACCGGGGAGACCUUCCUGUUCUCCUUCUCUCCGGAAUUUGAGGUGUACAAGUGGACAGGAGACAACAUGUUCUUCAUGAAAGGAGACAUGGACUCCCUAGCAUUCGGCGGUGGAAGCGGGGAGUUUGGUCUGUGGCUGGAUGGAGAUCUCUACCACGGCAGGAGCCACUCCUGUAAGACCUUCGGCAACCCCAUGCUCUCCAAGAAGGAGGAUUUCUAUGUGCAGGACAUAGAGAUCUGGUCGUUCGAAUAAGUGACCGGGGCCUCUCUGCAGGGAAUACAUGUGUAAAGAAGUUUUUAAAAAGGAGACAUCCUGAACAAUGGCCACGUCCUGAACUGCACAUCACAUCCCAUCUGGGCUCCCUGGGCCCGGCGACCCCGCCUGUCCGUCGACGGGCGCUUUGUCGUGCGUUACUACUGCAGUUAUUUACAGAGCUUUUACUUUGUGAAACUUACCUUUGUGUGUGUCUUGUUAACAGCCUUGAGUCUUUGCAGAGUAGGGGGGUGUGAAGUCAGGGUUGGAGGCUGGAGAGAUGUGUGGGUUGGGUGGAGGAAGUGAGACGGGGUAAUGGAGAGAGGGAUCUAUCAGGUCUUCUAGGCAUCGGAUAGGCUCCACCCCGCCCAGGAGAGAAGAUGGCCGCUCAGGUUUGGGACUGCAGUGACAGAACCGACCUGGUCCAGGUCUACAGAACUUUAAAGACGCUCCAGGAAAUCCCCCCCGUCUACCCCAGAACUGUGUUGAGUCAGUCGCUAGGACGUCUGUGGUGUCUGUGGUGUCGCGCUCUGUAACAAGGAGACCCAGUAAAAAAAAAUGAAUAAUAUGAAAAUAAAAACGUUUUUAAAAAAAAGAGGAAAAAAACAUUCCUUAGCUCUCAUUGGAGGGGUGUUCGACAACCUGGAGUGUGUCAAGGGCAUCAUCAGCAGGGUAGGAUGAAACUUAAGGAAAAUGUCGUUUUUUAACAUCUGGGGUUUUCUUCUGAGUAUUGUUAUUGUAGUCCCCCCCCGUCCCCCCCCUGUUCAUCACAGCACACUAUCUCAAAGCACAUAGCUAUAAUCAGAGUUACCCAUUGUCGUAAUGUUCUGUUAAGUGGGUGUACGUGUGAGUCCAGCUAACGCCAGCUCCCCUACAGGAGUGUGUACUGUUCGUAGACAGUAAUGUGUUGCAAUAGAUUUGUGGAAUAUGCAAAUGACUGUCAUGUGACCUCAAAUAUUCCAGGUGGGCACUUUUCCCAGACCUGCAGUUCUUUCUGAGAGAACUUGUAAAGCUUUUACGUCUUGAUACACAAAUUGCUUUUCUGGGUAUAGUUUGAAAAGCCUCAGACGUGGUUAACUGUUUUACAUGCAUAUAUGACAAUUAUAUAUUUGUAUAUAUGAUUAUAUAGAUUUAUAUAAUCAUAUAUAUACAUUGCUGUUAAGUGUGACAGUGAUCUUUUUGUGCUGAUAUUUCAGCUGGUACAAAUAUAAUGUAUAUUACCCUGUAAAUUAAUGUUGAAAUAGUAGAUUUGUUCCUAUAUAUAAAUAUAUAUACAUAUAUAUAAAAGUGUGGAUUGGUGGGUUGCUUCUAGCACUUUAAUCUGGUGUAAAAGCGUAUGGCCAGGUUCCUAGACUCUGUUAGCAGUAGCUGUACAGUACUUUUUUGUUUAGAACAUAACCAUGUUAACUGUUAGUAGAAAAGCUUGCUGCUACUUUACUAUGGAGGGUGGACCAGACGCUCUCAAAUAAAGGAGCGUAUUGGGGUCUGGAGGUGUAAGAGUCAACACAGGGCAUAGUUUCAGUCCAUGUGUAUCGUGAGUCAGUCUCUGUAGACUGGCCUGUUUUGAGACAGGCAGAUGGAGAAGGAGUUUAAGGAUGUACAUAACGUCUCAGCAGCUUUCUUCCCCUUUCUGGUCUUCCACACCAGUAUUUGUGUCCUUGUGGAGAGUCACAAAAAAUAAUAUGGGUUUAAUGCUCCAAAUAUGUCACCAGAAUACAAUGUAUCAGUGAUGUAUAAAUAACAAUAAAGCUGAAUCAAUUGUUGUAAACUGGGA